AUGGAGCUGACAAGUCUGCAGCUUGAUAAUCGCAGAGACCUCUACAAUUUGUCCCUAACAUGCCGUGUCCUGGAGGACAUGGUCAUGGCUCGGCUCUACCACACCGUCGAUUUCCAUCUGCCUCAAUCUCCAAUGCACGGAACAACUGCAUUCCGGGAGCCACUCAUUCAGUCUGUCCGAGAGCUCACAAUCAGAAAUGGCAGGACGCAGAGGAGGAAUUCGGUCUACAAGCGCAGGAGGAUAUCCGAUGUGGCAUCCAUCGAGGGACAUGUGAAUAGCCUCGUGGAGAAAGUCCCUACCGGUCAAAUGACGAGCUUCGCACUCUUCCAUCAGACUCCCCUGAGUCGGCAAACGCUGGCCUUCCUCACCCAGCGACACGAGAGGACGCUCCAGCGCCUCCACUUCUACGAUGUCGUUUCCUGGAAAGAAGGCACGCUCAUUCCCCAAAACCUGACCGGUCUCGAGGCUCGCACAGUCAACGAUGGGGAGGCCGUUGAAAAGAUCAUAUCCGCCAACACGAAGUCGAUCAAGAGACUGUCGCUGGGACAGGAGAAGCAGCUGAUUGAGCGGUACCAGCAGAGCAGGCUGAAUUUCCUUCACCACAUCCCGCAACCGAUGGAGACGUUCUUCAGCUCUGCGUAUGCACUAGACACGUUCCCUCAGCUUCGUGACCUCUCCCUACAGGGUCUGGACGUGACGCUCCUGCGGCCGUCCUCUAUCCCUCAGGCCUUGUUCUUCUGCCAACUGGAGCGCCUCGCCCUGGAAUCUUGCCCUGGUAGCAACGAACUCCUCGAAUCUAUCGCGGGAACGUUCCACUGGGCGUCGGCAUCCCCUGAGGCGCCCCAAAACCCACGUGUCAACCCAUCGCUGAAACACUUCCUCUUCCGCCACGAAAAUCCCACAAGCCCGCUCAAGGAUGCUCUCGUCCGCUUCCUCAACUCGUUCACCGGCCUCCGGACAUUAUCGCUUCUAUUUGAAAACGGCGCCAUAUUGGAAAGACCGAGCACAUUCAUUGCCGAACACGGUCCUACCCUUGAGACCCUAGUAUUUGAAUCCCGCAUUCAACCCCGUGAACAUCUCUCAAUGGACACUUCCCGUCCCUUCGGCGUGGGAGGAUACAGCCAUGAUCUAUGGGAGGAGUCGAUCAACGACAUCGCCCGCCUCUGCCCGAAUAUGAUAGAACUGGGCAUGGGCUUUCCGUGGAACGAUGAGAUGAUCCGACUGCGAAAGACGGCUCUCCCGACUCUCCAGCACCUGAGAACCAUCCACAUUCGCAAUUUCCCCGAGAACCAGGUAUUUAGCCAACUCGGGGAUUACAGCAUCAAGGAAUACGCGACCAAAUUCGUCGAAUGGGUCUUUCCUUCCCUGGCCGGAGGAGCCAAACCAUCCCUAGCACACCUCGCCGUCGGGCCGACGCUGUACGAGUCGCGGUGGAAUAUCGCGCCCUCGCAACCCUCCAUCGCUACAGGAGGCGCAAACGCCUCCAGCGCUACUCAGCGCCAGCAGCAGCAACUGACGUCGCGCGCCCAGCCGCCCGAGUUCCUGCGCACACACCACUUCUGCCUCGACUGGGCCCAGACGCGCUUCAGCCGCUGGAGCUGUCUGAUCACGCCCGUCUCGGAGAAAUACAUGGAGGAAAUGGCCGGCCAAAAGCCUCUAGGCGGCGUCUUUGAACAAGUCUGGUUGAAAUGA